CCAGAAACCGCAAUAGAGGGGCUAUACGCUGAUAAAGCCGAGGAUUUUGUGAUUUUUUACCUGUACUACCGAGGACAGUACCUUCGUACUUACGAAAAACGAUUCUACUCCUAGCAUACUUACUCGGAUCGGCGACUUCAUCGUAGCCACGACGUGUUGUAUCAUUGUCGAAUCGUACCAAAAUCUGUUGAGGCAGCGCAACUGGUGCAUCAAAUAGAAAUGUUUAAGUACAUUAUAACCUUGAAUAGUCACAACAAACCAGCAGCCGCUGCCACCUAGUACGGUGGCUACGCAAUUUCGCGAACAACAAGAUGUAGACGUAGUGUGAGAAAAUAAAGGCACGUCGUGGUCGUGUGUGAAAAUGGACGAAGAGCUCGAGGAAUUGCGUUCUCCACCUCCGGUGGUCGACGACGACAAGGAUGUUGGCUUUGAGGAGAAAGAAAAUACGGCGCGCCCCGCUGCCGCCGCUGGAGGUAAGGAACCUGCUGCAGCAGUAGGACAAACAGGAGAUGAAGCUGUGUCGGCGAACAAUGCUGAAGACGUUGCGAUGGAAGAGGAGGGCAACAAGAGCGUAAAGAUCGUCGACGACAACAACGAUUUGCCGCGAAAACCGCUCACUGUAUGGGAUUACCCAACCCCCUGCUCUCCCUCACUUGUCAUGGAAAAUGCCAAGUCCAAGUGCUGCCUUGUGGCCCCUGUUGCAUUUUUCCAGAUGAUUCAUCCGGAAGCCCAAACAGACCUACUACACUAAGCGCAUUAAUUCAUAGUGUGGGUGCGCAGACUCCUGGUCCUUCUCCUUGUGUGCUGGAGCUGGCGCUUGUACUGCUGUUCAUGCCAUACCAACGAGGGGAAAAGGGGGGAGUUGUGCACUUUCAUACACCACCCUGGCGGAGCUGAGACACUUCGUGUCGAGUAGCAACUUGAGGAAAGUUCUCGCCAAGCUCCGCACUAUCGGUACAACUCAACUCACACAGGGUGUGCACUUUGAUGUAGUUGUGAUUCUUUGUUUUGUUCAUGAUUUAGCGUACUUGUUAAAUUUCUCCUGUAGCAGCUGUCGUGAUCUUCUCUGCUCUCUAAUUGUCUCUUGGUCGUCUCGGGGGAGCAGUAACAGGGCGAAUUUUGGAGCCACAGUUCUUUCAUAUAUCAUAAAGCAACGAACUACACUCUUGCAAGAAGAAAAUAGAUAUCUAAUGACAUAUCAGAUGAGAAGAACGAGCUCUGGAAGGAGGUGAGAGCGGUGUCGGAGAAAACCUUUGAGAAGGGCCAUACGCAUCUUAGCAGGAACGCCGAAAUGGCUGUGGCGGAUACGACAGUGCUGUUAGUCGGUAUGCCUCGCAAGGGAAUAUGUCGUCUGGGGUCUUUGAAAAGUUGUGAUGCUACAAAAUAAGCAUCCACGCGAUCAUAUCAAUGAUACGCAACCCGUUUAUUUAUGGGGCCGCGCAUAGCAUAGCAAGAAGUCUCUGAGCUGCUAUUACUUAAUUUCUAGUAUUUAACCGCAUGACGAGAAAUCCUCUCCUUUUUCCAUGAAAACGAGCAAGUAGCUCAUCUGUAGCCGCGCAAGAAGCAUGACAAACUCUUCUGCUUUGUCGGCCCAGCAUCUUCACAGGUGGUUUCUUUACAUUCUUCCAGACCCUCCAGACAUGUUUGCAGUGGAUAUUCGGCGAGGACGAGGCUGAAAGCAAGAAAAUUUUAGCCGUGAUGCAAGAUGUGGUGAAGCUCUUUACGGAAUAUGCCCUCACCUGCAUGGGGACCACCGCCUCCAAAGCUGCUGCAGAGGUACUACCAAUUUUCAAACAUGAUGCGACAAGGCGCUUCAACAUCUUCCAGGAUUAUUGCAAGAAAUUAUGCUACUAGUAGGUGGAGCAAUCAUAUAACUUCCACGCCUGAGAAAGAAAAUGAAGAGAAUGAUUUGCGACGCUGCGACGUGCUGCAGGUAAGUAUUGUAAGUAGAAGUUGCCAGCAGUAGUGUAGGCUUCAGGUCGGUAGUGCAACUCGCGCUCGCAUUUCUAAGAGUCGCUGUCGUGUCGUUCUCAGUCAGAAUCAGCCCCUCAAUGUCGAUGACCUGCAUUCAUAUUACGUAAUCACGCGCAUCAUGAGCAGCUGCAGUCCUCGCUGCGUGAGAAAUGAAACAAGCAACUUCCGUGCCGAAAACAAUCGAAAAAUGUUCAGGCGAAGAAUGAGGAGCAGAACGAAAACGACUUGGACAACAUGGAGACUGACGACAAUGUGUUUAAGAAGGAAGAAGAACAAGAGCCGUCUUCUCUAAUACCACAAAUGAGGAAGAAGGAAAACAAGCCGAGCGCGGCGCAGAACGAGGCAGAGAUUCCGCCCCAGUUAAUGCACAUGCUUAACGUGCUGCAGUCGUGCCUGGACUAUGAAUUGCAAAUAUGUCUGGGUCUGGAAGGAUGCAAGGUUUAUCAUUCUUGUCUGGCAUGACAGAAAAGCUUUACUUGUGAUAUGUGUCCAAGGUGAAGUAGAAGAGACCGUUUUGCUUGUUAUGCAAAAACGCAGCUUGUAAUGCGUAAAUAAACGCAACACGACUACAGCUGCGCGCAUAUUUUUCUCAUGCUCUGCUGUGCAUAUACAGGGUAAGCGUCUUGAGCUUGACUGUUCACGACUCAGCAUUAAAAGAGUCCAGACCCAGACAUAUUUGCAAUGCAUAUGCUCCCGAGGCACCCGCUGGGGAAAACUGGGAAGCAGCAGUUGGCCGCGGGGUUCGAGCGGGUGGUCAAGAUGAACCACCGGGUGGCCUUCAUCGUGCACGGCACCCUCGCAGUUUACCUCUGCGAAGAGGCGAUCGCCGACCGCGCCACCCAGAAGAGCGUGGAGCAGCUCUGGGGCGUCCGGGCAAUGUUCCAGGAGUUUGACUGGGAUGACCUAUGAUCGCGAGAAAAAACUGUCUCCGUCUUGACUUUUACUUUAAGUAUGCGGAACUUGUUCUUUGUUGACACAGUUUUUUUUUGUCAUGCUCGCGGACAUGCAAGAAAAGGGCACUUGUUCAUACGUGUUUACUUCUCUUGCAUCUAACGCAUGCUGAAGGUGGAGCCUGUGAUGCUGAGAGUGCAGAAUAAGCCAAGCAAAGGUCGUUGAGUCUUUGAGACGGUUUUGUUUUCUGACGAUACGGUCCCAGCACGAAACACAUGAAGGACUGCAUCACCCGCUGCUUCGCCAGCCCGCCCUUCUUCAAGAACGCACACGGCCAGAAGUUUCUCGCCUUCAUUCUAGCGCAGCACCAUUCCCUGACAAAAGAGGUGUUGUUUUUCAUGAUGCGGAGGCUUAUUUUCGAUUUCGUGGCUAUACAAAUCUUCCUGACCACCUGCAUAAUGCCAUUGCCUCUGUCUACUUUCCUUUCAUCGAGAUCCCGAUUAUGCAGCAACCCAGUGCAGACAAAUUAGCUUCAGGAAAAUGAGGCAGCUCGUGGGCAGUUUCUGGCUCACCGUGGCAGCUAAUAUGUAAAGACAGUGGCACAGAAGCAGCUUGUGCUACAUUGUCUUCCCGGAUGAAUAUCUACUUAUUCUAUCCGCCUCCGAAUAUCUACUUAUUCUAUCCGCCUCCGUGCGCAUUGAGUUUUUACAAGAAAUGUUUUGAAAACUACCAUCCAAAGGUAACCCCGAUCCUGCAGAACGUGCUUCCAAGUCAGAACAGCGGGGUGAUUCGACAGUUAGGAAAAAUUCUGUUCAACGCCUGGGACUUGUCCCGGAGCAGUUGGGAGGGGCCGGAGGGUUCGGGCGACCCGGCCAAGUACGAGCGGAGGCGGCUAGGCAAGGAAAAGACGCGGAUGAUGCUGGAGGACCGUGUGUCCGACUGGAUCCACUGCGCAAUCCUCGCACAGCCAGAGGGUGCGAAAAAGGCUUUGCUGCUGCUGAACGAGUUCCACAUGCAGAUGCACGCCAUGCCGGACCUGAAAAGCAUGUUAAUCCGGCAAUACGCCCCAGUUUUGUGGAAGUACCUCGCGGCCGCGAACCCGAAAGUGCGCCUCAACGCCGUCACCGUCCUGGGGAAGGUCUUUCCCCUCGUGCACACCGACAACUAUGACACGGCCCACGACGACACCAGGCAGGAAUUCAGUACCGAUAUUACCUUUUUUGUGUUUCUAAAACAAACUACUACAGCAGGAGAUGAAAACAUUUUUUGUGGAUUAUGAGGACAUAGUGCAAUAUGAGAAUGAAGAAACAGCGAGAAGCGGGAAGAUGACUUUAUUUUUGUUCUUCAAAACAUCUCUCCCACCAGAGCGUCAAGUGCUCGUGAUCCAGGACGGAAUAUUGAGAGGAAAAAUCCCCCCUCCUCAUAUUGAAAAGGUAUGUUUCCAAAAAUUUGUGUUGCGGAUUUGAGGUCACACAUCACACCUGUCUUGCAAGAAGACAAGGGCAGAAGCUUCCGCCCCAUUAUGGAAGCGAUUUGUCAUGCUGUGAGGCCUAAAGGGGGGCCGUUUGCCAUGCUGAACAACUAGACCCGUACGCCCCUACCUAGCCUGGAGAUCUGGCCGCCAUGCCUCUCGGCAAUACAGAGCUGAUCUGUGUACACAAAUCCAGCGUCAGAAAUUCCGUUUUUAUAUGGCGCGGGGGCUUUUUUCAUUUUGAUACGGAAUUAUGGAUCCGAACGACGAGGUCCGGAUUCGUGGCAUCCAGUGCGCUAUCAAAUGCAAAAAUGUCUGGGUCUGGAAACUUGUGAUGCUGGGCGGCGUAUCAUGAGGAGGCCACAAGUGCUGGCGCAGCAUGACAGGUUUCUGAGCUUCUAGGUGUUGCCUAUUCUGCAUGACAAACUGCGUUUCUGCAUGACAGAAAAAUGCCGCUCUUGGGUAACGUGCAUGACAGAUUUGGGUGUCAUGCCAGACAAGCAUGACAAACAUGCACUCUUCCAGACCCAGACAUUUUUACAUUCGAUAUGCGCCGCCGAGGUGCUUACCGAGUUUUGGACCCUGAUUGAGUUCACCGAUCGGCAGGCCAUGCUCGCGUCGCUCGGGCAGGUGGCCACAGACAAGCGGUUCCCGAAGGUUCGAGACCAGGCGUGCCGCGCCCUGUCCCACCUGAUUGAGAAGCUCCCGGCGGGCCCGGGGGGCCACGACGACCUGAAAAACCUGUUGAUCUGCGGCAACUUGUGGCACCUGCUGCACGACAAGAGCCCCAUGGUUCGGAUAUCAAUCGCAAAUUACAUCUUCGCUCUGGGUCUGGAAAAAUAAAAGUGCAAACUCUGGUCCUCGUACUUGUUAAAACGCCUGGAAAUAAAAAUCUGUAUGAGCAGAAGCAGUCGCAUGAUCGACAAAAUUUCCGUCGUCCAAAAGCGCAACUUUUUGUCAUUAUGCGUGCUCCUACGGCUCAUAGUGGGAUGAGAGUCAUACAAAACUUGCCAUGCAGCUUUGUGUAGUUGCCCUCGUCCCAUGUGUUUCAGUCAUUCGCAACUCCGCAUCAGAAGUUUACUAUUCCAGUCCCUGACAAAAUGUAAAUGUUUGCAAUGCAUACCGCAGCUCGUUUGCGGAUUUCCUCGAGAAGGCGAACCACUAUUCCACUUUUCAGCUGGCGGAGGUGAUCGAUCCGCAACAGAUGAUGGCCCGAGUCGCGCACGAGUACGCGGAGUUCUACGGGGCGAUCGCGGACGAGACGGAAGAGGACGCGCAAAAAGCCAACGCCGCGGUGGGGCGAAAGUUGGCGAACAUCAUGCGGCCCGCCAUCUUCCAGGACCUCAAGGAACAAAACCCGCCGGCGGGAGCGGCCGCCGGAAAAAAGAAGAGGAAGAAAAAAGACAACGUGUUGGACCUGCACGAGGAUGGGGACUUGCUGGUACGAAAUGCAAAAGCAUCGUACUAAUAGAAAUAGCAUUACAAGAAAUUUCCCCAGCAUUACAAAUGCUGAAUUGCCUUGAGAAAGAAAUUUGUAAGAGUGAGGUAACAAACUAAAUCUGGAACUUCGCGGUUGAGUUCUCAUCCGACCGGCGGCCGGAUGAGAACUCAACCACAUCACCGGCGGAACCCGGCCGGCCGGCCCGGUCCUCUUCCCCCGUCCUCAACCGGUCGACCAACUCUUCUCCCCUGUCCGCUCCCGGGCCGCGGCGUUUCAUUAGGCAAAAAGCCCCAGCUUUGCCAUGCAAAGGCAGCGGAAAGCGCCGACACCCAAAAAGCAGACGUGUGGGCUUUCUAUUCUUUCUUUAUCUGCGCAGCGUCCAGAAUUUCCGUUCCUAUUACUAUUUCACUCGGCUCGGGUUUCCCGUGCAGCGGUUGUCCGCUCGGGUCCCCCGCUUCCAGCGGUUGUCCGCUCGCUGCCAGCGGUUGCCCGCCUUCAGCGGUUGGCCUCAUCCGGCCGGUGGCCGGAUGAGAACUCAACCGCGAAGUUCCAGCUUUAGUUUGUUACCUCACUCUAAUGCAUAAAUGCAAUUACUACGAGUACGAUACUUUUGCACAGGAUAGCUGGGUGGAGACAACAACGAGGCAGCGGAGCAGCGGAAGGAGCGCUUCAGAGCCGGCGCGGAGCGGCUCGACACCCUGCUCAAGAAGUUGCCGCUGGCGGUGCUGGGCAUCCUGCGAUUCGCCAAAGAGAUGGACACCCUGCUGCUGAUGCAGUUCGUCUGUUACGUGUGGUCGGAACUGUGCGUAAGGUGAUGAAAGCAAAAGGCCUGAUGCGCGAUUGCUGCAGUUAAGUAACUUCCUUCAUCGCAGACACAAUAAUUGCUGCGAGAGAAUGCAGAAUAAUUCUAGGCGACGAAUUGCAUCGUACGAAAAGUGCAUCGACGUCACUAAUUACUUUUUGGCCUUGAUUGAGUUUGAGUGCCGUUUAUUUUUGCGAAUUAAAUUGUAAGUAACUGUAAGUACAAGUACUUACUUUACCUAUGAAAAGCAACUGCUACUCCAACUGCUUUCACCCCUUUCAUACCACAGUAAGCCCAGAGAGGUGUCUAGCUACAAAAUUGCUGCGGUCGGGAUCAUGCUACAGCGACAAAAGCUCGGGGCUUCGAACCGUUCCAACCGUGUCGAGUUUAUGCGCGAGUGGUUCACGGAUGAUACGCAUCGCAACUCUGAAAAUGUCCGAGGGUAGUUUUCUUUACCAAGGAAGUCUUGAGCUCCUCUUGCAAGACCAAGACCAUGAGCAUGCCCAUGAAAAUAUACAAAUAUAGAAGAACUAAAUGCAGAAUCUCUGCAGCGGCGGAAAAGGGAUCUUUGUCUUUUUAACUGCUGAAUGCCUAAUAUCAACAUGUUUAUAGUCUACAUUCUCUUGUGCUCACGGUGACGGUAAUAUCACCCUUUUCUUUGAAGGCUGCAUUUUCCUAGGUGACAAGACCCUAAAGACACAGGGUGUAGUUUUUGCAUUCGAUAAACGAGUCCAUACUGCAGCUCCUGACCGACCGAGCAGAUCUGACGGAGUACAUUCUGGACGCGUUGAAGCACCUGCCGUCGUUGGACAAAGGACCCGUGCGCGAAUAUGCCGAGAAAAAUAAUCUCCGCUUCCAACGAAAACGAUGAAAACAGCAUGAAAGCCUGAUUUGAAGAUACUAUCGUGGUAGGUUCGUUUAGCAGUCGAAAGCAGCAGCGCAUGUUCUUAGUUCAUGCCUUUAGCAUCUCAUAAAAAAAUCCCUGACCCUUGAGCUUGAUGACGAUCAUGCCUGCAUGAGUUGGAAGCAGUUUUCUCUGUGAUAGUGAAAAAUUUGUGAAGAACUUGAAGUCCAAGCCGUAUAUGGUCGACGCCGCGCACGCAUGGAAAAUGGUCGGCCACAUGGCAGACCAAAUGUGCAAGGACUUUGGUAUGAGAAUAGAUGACUUCUACUAUCGUUUGCAGAAGUUUUGCUUGUAAUUCCGACUCUUGAUUAGGCAUAUAAUAAAUGAAUAAGUAAGGAGUAUUAAAAGGAAACUACCGAAACAACAUUCAAGAAACUGACCUCGAAACUUUAUCGGUGAACAUCAAACUUUCAGAUAAAGUGGCGAAGUAUUACCAGAAGCUGGCCGGGGGCAGCGCGGACGUGGCGGAUCCGGGGCUGACCACGAAAAAUAUCCACAUGUACAACUUGAUGGUGAAGAACCCGGUUUGCCGAGGGGAGUUGGUCGAGAAACGUGAGGCCAUCAUCGAGAAGAGCACCCUGUUCGUGCAGGCGGUCGCGGACCUGCUGCGCACCCAGCAGCCUCUGGAGACCAAAAAAGGGCCACAACACCUUCGUGUCAAAGAUGUCGUGGCGCUGCUGCGGACCGCGUUUCGCGUGGCGCUCCGCUGCGACUGGAAAAGCUCCUUCCAGGGGUGCCGAUCCCCCGCGCCUAUCCUCGCACACGCGCUUCUCGACUGGGCCCGCCCAAAAACUACGGCGAAGAAAGAGUCCGAGGCUGGUGACGUGAACAUGGUGAGCAACGGAGAGGAAGGUACAACUUCAGUGCCUCCUUACUUGGGCGUAGAAGAUACAUUGAGCGAACUGCUCGCUCUCAGAAUUUGCGCAUGUAGUAACUGUACGUAGCUUCAUCGAAUAUUUUUACACGUAAAAGACUUAGCACGAAGCACAAGCGCCAGGCAUCAGUCGGGUUUGUUCCUGGUGUCAGUUACUCUACCUGUUUGCAAUUUUUUUGCCUAAGUACAUCAUCCAAAAAAGAAAAAACACGACGACCAGCUGCUCCCCCAGUUGUAGACGGUGGGUUCGUACUUCCGCCCGAUUUGGAGAACCCGCAGGACAUGAUGCAAAUCUGCCGUUUGGUGAUUGAGAACCUGGGGCUGACCCACACCUUCUACCCCCAGGCGGACUCGACACUCCCCGCGCUCGCGGUGCAACUGGGCAAGCUGUUGUGGCACCUGUCGUUGCACGGGACGGACCUGGCCGACAACGACCUGGGGAACGACGCGUGGCGGUUCCUCGCACGGUCUUCGCUGAAGAUCUUUCGCCCCGGCGCCCAGGGCGCGGCGGACGCGCUGCGCGACCUACUGGGGAAGGUCACCGACGACCUGGUGACAGACGAGGACUUGAAGUCCCUGUGGGCCAGCGUGCUGAUGAAGUUCCAGUUUGUCCGCCCCUUUCACCAGUUUUUGGAGCUGGCCGUGGACCCCAGUUGCGCCGAGGAGCAAUUCUUUGAGACGAUGCACACGGACCCGACGGAUAUUCAGAACGAGCCCGCGAGCUCCGCGGGCGCCGACGGGGUCAUCCUCACCGAGGCCAAGGUGCUAACCGCGGAGGCAGCGCUAUGGCGUUCUCAAGCGUUACAUUCUCAACUGUUACAUGAAGUUUGUAAUGCAAAAAUGGCAAAAGUGUAAGGGAAAAGGUUGCGCCUUUUGCAUUACAGAUUUGAAGCAGAUUAUAAUGCUAUCUAGCGCGUCCGCGUCGGGAACUUGUGAUGCGAAGAAGGCUGGAUCGUGUGAAGGGUGAUAGUGUUUUUGCAUGACAAAUCAUGUAUACAGUUGAGAGUGUAACGCUUGAGAACCCCAUACGCGCGGGAGAACCCGGACGGGUUGAAGAGGUUCCAGUGGCACCCGCGCGUGACGGACGCGCUGUACUCGCAGGCCGCGCGGUUCAAGGGGCUGCGUCGCGUGCUGUACUUCGUCGUGCAAGAAGCGGACGGUACGUUGCGCCGCGGCCCCGCGGCGGCCGCCGGGAAAAAGCCGAACAAUUUGAAGCUGAACGACGAAGAAGUGGACAAGGAAAUGGAAACCUUCUUCGACGUAUCACCUGCAAAAAUGUCUGGGUCUGGAAGAUUCCGAGAUUUGGCAUGCUGGUCUGGUAUGACUCUGAAAUCUGUAUUGCGUGGCCGCGAAGAGCUCCUCUUGCCUGUCAUGCAAAAAUGCAGUUUCUCAUGCGGAGUACGCAACUCAGAACCACGGGAAAACUUGUCAUGCUGGGCUGCGCAUUGCAGUGUGCUCACUAUACUCUUUCUUGCAUCACAAAUUUCCAGACCCAGACAUAUUUGCAAUGCAUACGACGGGCCAGCGGAGCUCAAGGACGAAGACCUGCUGCCGGAAGGCACCACAUCGAACGCGGACAACACCACCAGCAACAAGGAAGCGGUAAACACUCGUAGUAUUUUGACCUGGAAGGAACUCCCACUUCUGAAUUUGUCUUCUUUUGCACGAGUUCUGAACACACUGAAAAAGCAUUCCCUUACUUUCUAUUCGAAAUCACUAGAAUGGCUUCUUGAUAGAACAAGUAUCACCACUUAGAACCAGACCUUACAGACAUCCGCGACACCAACUACAGUUGUCUUCAGCCCCCGGAGGUUUCAGUGGGUUUCUGCAGGAGGAUGAUGCUAUGGACGUCGACGAUGCGGACGCCGACGAGAGCCGCGGGCCGGACGGGGUGGGCACGGCACUCUUCAAGCAGCUGGAAACCAUGCAGAUGGAGCCACCGGCGCCGGGUGGGGCAGCUCCUGCAGGGGAACCUGUACGAGACGAGGACGUCGCGAUGGAAGUAGAGGCGGAAAGCAGUAACGCUGACGAGCCAGCACUUCCGCCAGCAGACGUGGACGCGCAGGAGCCCUCCGCCUCUUCCUCUGCGGCGAACAAGAGCAGUGGAGGCGAGGACGGUGCUGCGCGGGCCGGCGGCACCACCAGCGACGACGCGGUUGCCGCGGGCGAGCUAGACGAGGUUGGUGGUUGUUCCACGGAAGGUGCGGCGGCUGUCGGCAGCGCGCAGCAAGGCGGCAGCAGCAGCAGCAGUAGUCCGAGCGGAGGACGAGGAAAUAUCAAAGCCGGGACGAAAAAAGUACUAGGGCCCGACGACGAGGAAGGGGUGAAAAAGGAAAUAAAAACCUCCAGCACGCCCGUGCACGACCCGCCCACGCCGAGGAUCGAGCAGGACGGGGUGGAUGUGGGCGCAGCCGGGGCAGUGCACGGCGACGCAGCAGACGUACUACAGGGGGAAGAACCUCCUGGCACCACCGGAGCAGCCUCCAAGAAAACCAACAAGUCGGCGGCAAAGACGAAAAAAGCGAAAAUAUCCUGAGUAAAAACGUACCAACACCAGAGUCAGGAUGAGGAUUUUGCAACACAAACCUAGGAGUUUUGUGAGUCACGCAUGACAAGUUGCGCUCUGCAGUGUAGUGCAGGUUAGCAAGUGCAGCCGCAUCACAGAUUCAUCUGCUCAUGCUGUUCACAGCAUCACAAAUUCCAAAACACGAUUGGAAAUGGCUCUCAUGGGGAUGCGCAUUACAAGUCUUCCUGUCUUUGCAAAUCUGCAUUACAACUCUGGUGUGUGUGUGCGCUUCUACUCAGGAUAGAAAAGUGCGGUGAGUGGGACCGACGGUGGGGGCGGAGUCGAGAAGGCAAAGAAAAAAACAAGCGUGAAGAAAAAGAAAUAG